AUGUCUAACGAGCGACGGUACGUCGACCUCCUCUUCCGCGCAUCAAAAAAGUUCGCCAGCUGGGAUCCGGAGAAACACUUGGAGGUCGGCGAUUGGGGUAGACUCGCCACUGGACAUCCGUUCUGGGCAUUUUGGCGGCCCGAACGUUGCGUGUUUGUGAAGGAGGGAAAUAUAUACCAGGACAAGAUUGCAGAGAAGUAUGGCAUUCCGCUCCCAAAAGUUCUCGGAGAGGAGAAUCCUAAUGAAUUGACCUGGGUCACGUCCCUAAAUGUGCGAGAUAUGGAUGUUUCUACGAGUAUGGGGAAGCAGACGCCCGAGCUAGCGGAAUGCUCCGUGAAAGUAGGAUUUCAAUUCGUAUCCGGAGGUGGAGAGGCAGCGGUCCUUAUCAUGGUCAACGAUUCAGUGACCACGAUUGACCCUGCUACCAGUCUCCGCCAGCUUCUCGGAGAAGAAGCGCUCCGUGAUCGGGUUGUCGUUUCGGAAGCACACCGCUGUGCUUCUUACGCAUCCUACCUGGCUUCCUCGAAAACCAAAGACGUCGUCAUCGGGCUGAGUUCCAAAGCGUCGGAAGGCUCUUCGUCCACACAACCGUAUCCUAGAUGGGUGCGGACUAACAAGACAGGAUAUUUCAAGGGGAAAGCGGACAAUAGUGGUGAACGGAAGUAUUAUCCGCUCUACAAACUAGUCUCGGUGAAAGCCGCUGGCGGAAAUACAGGCCGGCAUUCGCUUGACAGUACUGUGAAUGGCGAGGUACCACCGGAGGUGCUACCUUUGCCUGAUGCCCUCCCCCUAUGGAUGUCCAGCACAUGA